AUGCCAGCCUCGCACCGCUGGGGUCUCUGGACGUUCCUGUGGUUUGUUGGUUUUUGUUUCUUGACCAACCAGUGGGCCUGGACGCGGGACGACGACGUGUAAAUCGGGGCUGACUCGGCCCGUGCCGCCAUCACCUUCAGCUUCUUCUCCAUCUUCUCCUGGGGCCUCCUGAUCGCUUUUGCUUACAAGAGAUACAAAAUGGGGGUGGAGGACUUUGCUCACAGCUACGUCGACCCCACCCCGGAGGUUCCAACUCCCUACUCCAGCUACCCCAACAUCAGCCAUGACAGCUACCAGCAGCCUCCCUUCACCCACACGGCAGAAGCCCCGGAGGGUUACCAGCCCCCGCCGGUGUACUGAGCCCCUGCCGG